GUUUUUUAAAAAUCCAAAUGUAGACUUACCUAAUGAUACCACAAUCAUUUCUUCGCUGAUUGAAUGAGAAAACAGUGCGUUCUUUAUUCUUCAAUUGUGACAAAGGAUUUAAAACACAAAUAUUAUUUGUAUAAUUUUUUUUAUAUAUUCAAUAGUUCAAAAUGAAGUAUAUAUUAAUAUUAUUUUUACUUUGUUUUGAUUUUAACAAUGCUAGAGAAAUUACACAUGAAGAUAUUAAAGAUGCAAUGUUAAGUUUAGUACAUAUGAUGCGAGAUAAUACAGAAAAAUUAGAAAGACAUGAAGCACGAGAACGUCAAUUAGGAGAACAAUUAAAAAAAAUAAUUCCAAUUUUGACAAAACGUAUGUCAACUAUAGAUUCAUUAAAACUACAAUUAACUAAACUUGAUGAAAAAGUUAUGGGAAUAGAACAAUUAAUCUCUCAGAGAGAUGAACGAGAAAGAAUACAAAUGCAAAAAACUGUUGAUAGUCUAGAAGAUUUAGAAAAUCGUUUAGAAGGUUGGCUUACAGAUAUUGAAAAUAAAGUAUCAGAAAUAAAUAGUCGAUCAGAUACUACAUUACCUUCAUUUGACAAUCUCUCUCGUAUUAUUUCAAAGUUAAAUGAUACAGAAUUAAUAUUAAUAAAUAGAAUUUCAAAAACAGAAUCACUUUUAAAAUCUGAAGCAAUAAAAUUAAAAGAGACUAUGAAUGUUCAAUCAGGAACAACACAAGCAUUAUUGACAGAGAUCCAAGAUAUCAACUCAAGAUUAAAUGAUAAAUCAGGAACAACACAAGUAUUAUUGACAGAGAUUCAAGAUAUUAAUUCAAGGCUCAGUGGUCUUGAAGUUUCAUUGGAAAAAGUUAAAGAGCAAUCACAAAACAUAAAAAAAUUACAAGAUUCUCAAUUUGAUACUAUUUCAAAUAUUGAUAAUUAUACAAAAAUACUACCUUCUAUAAAGAAACUUUUAGAUGAUACUUCUGAACAAAUUAAAGAAUUGCCACAGACUAUUGAAAUUCAAACUUUACAUAAUAAAACUCAAAUACUUUUACGAACAAAGCAUACUUUAAAAGAUAUUGUUACUAAAGGAGUUGAUGAUAUUGAAAAUAAAUUAAGAACUAAAAAUGAAACUAAAGAUACUAUAGGAGUACUUAGAAUGGAUUUGGCAAAUAAUGCUGAACAUGUAAAUCAAGAAUUAAAUGAUCUUGAAAAAGGACAAUCUGUAAUAGUAUCAAUGGCUGAUCAUGUCUUAGACACUAAAAAAAGAGUUGAAUAUGGUGUACAUCAAAUUCUUUUAGAAGUAGGAGAUUUAGUAAAAGCACAAAGUACAAAUAUUAAUAAUACUCUGAAUCAAAGAUUUGAUGGCAUAUCAAAUGAUAUUAUGGACAAUCAAAAUGGAGCUUUAGCAAAUUUAACUACUAAAAUGGAACAAGAAAUGAAUCAGGUGUGGCGACAAAUAAAUGUCAUGUAUCAACAGAUGACAGAAAGUGCAAAAGCAUUAGAUAAAUUGCAUAAACAAAAUGAAGAAUAUGUUAAUGGUACAACUUCUACUAUGGGUGGAAUGGAAACUAAAGUAAGUGAAAUAACAAAACGUAUGACUGAAGUUGACGAAAAUUUAAAUUAUCUAUUAGGAAGACUCUCAUUGGUGACACAAGAAUUUAAUCAAAUCAAAACAGGAUUAGGUAAUGCAUUAGAUAAUAUUAAAGCAUCAUUCAAAGAAGUUCAAGAUAAAACAAAUGAUUUGAGACAUCCAGGACCACAUCCAAUACCUGAAAAUUAUAAAGAAUUUAAUGAAUCUGAUGAUAAUAAACCAGAUGGUAAGACUUUACCAAAAAUCCUCAAACAUAUUUUUAAUCCACAAAUUAAUUAA